GAAAGAGGGACAGAGAAAGGGACUCAGUGAGGGACAGAGAGAGGAACACAGAGUCAGAGGGAGGGACAGAGAGAAGGAGACAGAGAGAGAGAGACACAGAGAGGGAAAGGGGCACAGUGGGACAGGAGCACUGAGGCAGCACAAUAGGGAGAGAGAGAGAGGGACACAAACAGGGAGCAGAGUGACUGAAACACUGGGUGAGGUAGGGGGACAAGGGGAUUGAGACAGUACAAUAGAGAGAGAGAGGAAGAAAGGGAGAAGCAGGAAGAGAUAGGGAUUGAGAGGGGCAGGGUUGUGAUAAGCGGUUUGGGACAGUUAGGAGAGAGACAGAAGACAGAUAAACGGAGAGGGUAAGGGAGUGAGCGAGGAGACGCCCUGGGAGAGACAUGUGUCUGGCUGGGCUCCUGCUCCUGCCGGCCGUGCUGGCCAUGAAGGUGGGUGACACCUUCCGCAGCCUCACGCCCACCAACAACCUGGUGGUGGUGGAAGGGCCAGUGCCAGGCUGGGACCCAGAGCUGGGCCCUCGGGUAUAUGUGGGUGCCGUCAAUGCUGUAUACCAGCUGGGGCCGGGGCUACAACUGGAGGCCCGAGUGAAGACAGGCCCUGAGCAGGACAGUGCCCUAUGCCAUGCUCCACAACUCCCUCACACCAAAUGUCAGCACCCCCGCAGGCAGACUGACAAUCACAAUAAGCUGCUGCAGGCUGACCAGGCCCAGGGCCUGCUGGUGGUAUGUGGCUCCAUUCACCAGGGCUUCUGCCAACUCCGGACCUUAGCAAACAUCAGCCACUUGGCAGUGCAGUUCCCCCCAGCAGCGGGCCCUGACCUGGUCUUUCCCAGUAUGCUGUAUGUGGCUGCCAACCACCCUGAGGCCUCCACUGUUGGCCUGGUGCUGCAGGGCUUAGGGCCCGGGUCUGAAGCUGGCAGUCGAUUACUGGUGGCUGCUACAUACACCGGCCUGGGCACCCGCUACUUCCCAACCAACAACAGCCGCGAGGACCUGCGCUUCGAGAACACUCCGGAGAUUGCCAUUCGGGCUCUUGACAAGGGCCAACUCUCACGUCUCUUCACCUACGACAUCAACCCGUCUGAGGACAACGUCUUCAAGAUCAAGUCCGAGGCAAAGGCUCAGAACCGCCUGAGUUUUGUGCGGGCUUUCAGCCGCAGCAUCUACACUUACCUGGCGCUGAACAAUGAUGCCAACUCAGGCGCCAAGAGUGGACGACCCCGGAGCCUGCUGGCCCGCAUCUGUGCCGGGGCCCGAGGCCCAAGGCCGGCCGAGAGCCGCAAACUGACAGAGUCCUACAUCCAGCUGGGCCUGCAGUGCGGAGCCAGCCCCAGGCUUUAUGGCCGCCUGUUGUCUGUCUGGGCUGGGCCUGCUCAGAACCUGUACGGCCUGUUUGAGAGGCCCGAGGACAGUGGGAGGGACUCAGCCCUCUGCACCUUCAAGUUCCUCGACAUUGAGCAGCGAAUCCGCGAGGCCCGUCGGAAAUGCUUCGAGGAAGAGCGCAGUCAGGAGGUGACGGUGCUGGACAGUGUGAUCCAGGGCAGCGGACCAGCCUGCAUCAGACGCAACAUCACGCUGCAGAAUGAACAGUUGGACUGCGGAGCUGCUCACCUACAACAUCCGCUCUCCAUCAAGCGCCCAUUGCAAACAUGGCCAAUCUUCAUCGAGCAGGGCCUGACCUCAGUGGCAGUGUCGAGUGUGAAUAACCACACGGUGGUGUUUCUGGGCACAGCCAGCGGGCAGCUGCUGAAGCUAAAUUUACGGAGCGAUCUCUCGAUUGGGAAGAGGGAACUGCUUCUAGUGGCGCCAAGUGAGCCCGUCCAUCAGCUCAUGCACUUUGACCCUGUGGACGAGACCUAUCUCUAUGUCAUGACUACUUACCAGGUUAGUCGAGUGAAAGUUGCCACCUGUGACCAGUACCAGACCUGUCAGGAGUGUCUCAGUGCAGACGAUGCCCACUGUGGAUGGUGCACCUUGGAGAGCAGGUGUUCUCUGCAGCAGGACUGUGGUAAUUCCACAGAGCCCAUGUUCUGGACCACCUUCAGCUCUGGAAAACAGCUGUGUCCAAGCAUGAGUAUCGUACCAUCGGAAAUCCCCAUUGCCAGUGAGCCACAACCGAACAUUGGAAUCACCAUCAAUGGGAAUGUCCCCCAGCUGAUUGGGAGAGAGGUUUAUUGUGUUUAUGGAAAUGGGGAAAAGACCCCAGCCACUGUGUAUGAAAAUAAAUCGAGUCCACCCCAGUUGGUGCUCUGCCCAUUCCUACAGAAGCAUAAAUACUCAACGUUCCUGCUGGAUAAAGAUCACACUGUUUUGACGGUUGCGAUUGAGGUGUUGAAUCGAUUGAUCGUGUGGGGAAGUUUAACCAUCUACGAUUGUGAAAGAACUGGACAGGUCCACACAAAGACAGCGUGCAGAAGUUGUCUUCAGACCAAGUGGGCCUGCUCCUGGAGUGUCUCUGAGCACCGGUGUGUCUCAAACAGAGCGGACUAUGAGAGUGCAUUGGCAAGUGGUAUGCCUCAGAACUUCACCCAGUGUCCACAGAUGAUACCAAAUUACAUCACACCAAUGGCCACAGGGAGUAUCCAUAACAUUCUGGUCUCCUUAGUCAACAGCGAGUUGCUCAAGCGCACCAGACUGCAAUGUGAGAUUGGGCACAAGAGUUAUGAAGCACGCUGGCUGAACAGUUCCAUGGUGCAGUGUGUAGAUGUCGGGCUGUCCACAUCCAACAGGAGCCAUCUGUUUCCAGUCCACCUGAGGCUGAAUGGGGAACAGGAGAAGUUUAUUGACAAUCCGAGCACCACCUCAGUGGAAGUGUAUAACUGUGAGAGUGGGAGCUCCGAGUGCUCAGCCUGCUGGGGCCGGGAAGACCAAGGCCAUCAGUGUGUCUGGUGUAAAAGCACCCAGAGCUGUAAACUGCGGCGUGAGUGCGGACAGAUAGACGAGACUUGCCCUGCCCCCGAGAUCCAAUUGAUAGAGCCCCUGACUGGUCCUGUGGAUGGAGGGACCCUCCUCACAAUUCGAGGGAGGAACCUGGGCCGCAGGUUCAGUGACAUUGUUGAGGGUGUUCACAUUGCUGAAGUCUCAUGUAUUCCUGUGCAGGAGAGUUAUAUCGUUUCAGAACAGAUUGUUUGCCGCACCGGUCAAGCUAAUCGAGAGUUUACGGACUCGGUGAGAGUGAGUAUACGGGAGGAAGGGCACUCCAACCAGAGAUUCUCAUAUCUGCUUCCAGAAGUCUACACGUUAUAUCCAGAUCAAGGGCCCAAAGCUGGAGGGACCAAAGUUACUAUCAAUGGCACUAAUCUACACAUUGGUGCUGCCUUGAGGGUCACCGUCAAUGGCUCCAAGGACUGUACAGAUCUAAAACGGACCCAGAAUUCUAUUACUUGUGUUAUGCCAGCCCUGCCUGUACCUGAGACAGCUAUUCCCAUUUGUGUCCUGUUCGAGAAGAAAUAUUGUAUCGGCAAGAAUGUGACCUUCAGGUAUCGGGAGAACCCAUCAAUAAAUGGUAUCAGCCCAAACACCAGCUACGUCAGUGGUGGAAGACGAAUCACUGUGAAGGGGCAGAGAUUUAGUUUAGUCCAGAGCAUACACAUGGCGGUUGAAGGUGUUGGAAAAGCUCAGUCGGUCUGUGUAGUUGAGAGUGACUCUCUUCUCAUCUGCCCUUCCCCUCCCUAUUUGGUUUCUGUGGUGAACAUUCAUUUCUAUAUUAAUGGGAUCCGCUACCAGGAACCUGUGUCUUUGUCACAUGACAGUGCAACACUCACUCUGCAGUAUUACAAUGACCCACACUUCUACCGCAAGGAGAAACUGAUUAAACACCAUGAGGGGGAACCCCUCACACUGGUGAUUGAGAAAAUACAAGACAACUUGAAAUUGGCACCAGAAGAAUACAAAGUGAUGAUUGGCUCUUUUCCCUGUGACAUCUACGUUGUGAAGGGAAAGAUUCAUUGUGCAGUGAAUGUCUCACUGGAAUCCGAUGACAGACAGUUGCCAGUCACAGUACAUGUGGGUAAAUACAAUGAGACGAUAGCGAUGGUGCAGCUGGGAGAGAGUGAGACCUCCAUCGUGGUGUCAAUUGUGGUGUGUGCCAUGUUGCUGCUGGCUUGUGCUAUUGCUCUAGUCGUUUUCUGUACAAAAAGCCGGCGAGCAGAACGAUAUCGGCAGAAGACCCUGCUUCAGAUGGAAGAGAUGGAGGCUCAGAUUCGGGAGGAGAUCCGUAAAGGUUUUGCUGAGUUGCAGACAGAUAUGACCGAUCUGACUAAGGAGUUAAACCGCAGUCAGGGGAUUCCCUUCCUGGAAUAUAAAUACUUCGUCAUUCGCACCUUCUUCCCAAAAUGUUCGGUUGAUUGUGAAAGUCCGACCCCUGAACACUUCCAUCAGCUGAAUUCCCAGUCCAGGGUAGCUGCCAUCUCCAGGAGCCCACCGGAGACCCACCCACUGCUGCAGCUUGAUUGGAAGGUUCCUGAAAACUGUCGGCAGAACAUGGAGGAGGGAAUCAGCUUGUUCUCACUGCUACUGAACAACAAGCACUUUCUUGUUACCUUUGUCCAUGCACUAGAACAGCAAAAGGAUUUUGCAGUGAGGGACAGGUGUAAUUUGGCAUCUUUGCUGACCAUUGCACUGCACGGCAAGUUGGAAUACUACACCAGUAUCAUGAAGGAUCUGCUGGUGGAUCUCAUUGAUGCUUCUGCUUCCAAGAACCCCAAGCUGAUGCUGCGAAGAACAGAGUCGGUGGUGGAGAAGAUGCUGACCAACUGGAUGUCCAUCUGCAUGUAUAGCUUCCUCAAGGAGACGGUGGGUGAGCCCUUCUUCUUGUUACUCUGUGCCAUGAAGCAGCAAAUUAACAAAGGUUCGGUGGAUGCCAUUACGGGAAAAGCUCGGUACACUCUGAAUGAAGAGUGGCUGCUACGAGAAAAUAUUGAAGCAAGGCCAAUGAACCUGAAUGUGUCAUUCCAAGGGUGCGGUAUGGACUCCAUCACAGUCCGAGUCAUGGACAGUGACUCCAUCAGCCAAGUCAAGGAGAAGAUUCUGGAAGGAUUUUACAAAAAUGUGCCUUUCUCCCAGUGGCCCAGAGUGGAAGAUGUGGAUCUGGAGUGGUUUGCUUCAAGUAGUGACAGUCGCAUCCUGAGAGACCUGGACAACACGUCUGUGGUCGAGGAUGGUCGAAAGAAACUCAACACUGUUGCCCAUUGUAAGGUCCCUGAUGGAGCCUCGUUGGCCAUGAGCUUGAAAGACAAGUGGGACGGCACAUUAGGGCGAGGUAUGUCCGGGUGA